AUGCAGGGCCUUGCAGGUGGGAGCCAGGCUCCCCUGGGCCUGCUCCUGAUCUGUCUGUAUCUGCCAGGCCUCUUUGCACGGAGCAUUGGGGCACCAGAGGAGAAAAUCUCCCCACAUUCUGGAAAACCUUCCUUCGCCAGCCUCUUCAAGCUUGAGACAGCGGGCUUGGGACAGCCUCAGCCAAAGCCUGACCUUGUGAAUCACGAACCACCGCGGGUUCUUCCAAGGUUCCCUGGAUUCUCACAAGAUGGCGCUCUACCUGAGGUGCCCAGCCAGCCUCCCUUCUGGGGGGAGUACCCCAUGGAGUUCUGGCUCUCCGAGGAGGACCCUCGGCAAGGGAUGGGGGCUGCUGCCGAGGACCGCUUGGAGCGAGCGCUGCCAUACCUUUCCAGAGGCAGACCUCUUCCUAUGGCUUCCUCCGCAUACGAAGCUUAUGGACCCGAGGACUCAGAGUCUGUACAGCCUGGUUCCAGUCCGCUGAGAACCGAGGCAGAAGCCUUCGCCCAGCAUCCGUUCUUGUACUUCAUCCACAGAUUACUGCCUGGUUUUCCUUGGGGGAUUCUAAGUCCCAGUGCAUCUUGGGGAGCUGGAGGGGCAGGAACUGGGUGGGGAAGAAGGCCCAUGCCAUUCCCUUCUGGAAUAUGGGGUAGCAAUAGUCAAUUAGCAGGUCGGCACCCAGUAGUCAGUUGGGGGCCCAACGGUCCGUAUCCUGCAGGCAACUGGGGGGGUAAUGGUCGGUAUCCUGCAGGAAGUUGGGGAAGUAAUGGCCGGUAUCCUGCAGGAAUUUGGGGAAGUAAUGGCCGGUAUCCUGCAGGUAGCUGGGGGAGUAAUGGCCGGUAUCCUGCAGGAAGUUGGGGGGGCAAUGGUUGGAAUCAGCUUCCUCCUGGAGUCCGUCCUCCUGGUAGAAAUCAGCUUUCUCCUGGAGUCCGACCUUCCGGUCCCAAUCAGCUUCCUCCCGGAGUCCGACCCCCUGGCUCUUCGGGGAGCCUCCCAAACCCCAGUUUGCAGUGGGAAUAG